AUGAUUACAUUCAUCUUAACUGGAACUUCAUGUUGGUGUUGUUUAUGCCAGAACAUAGUAAGCAAGGCAAAUUAACUCCAGCCUCGUGUAAACUCUUAAUUGGCCAACACAAUGCAACUGAGCAUGAAUUCCAGGUGGCUUUGGAAAUGAAAGAGAACUGAGCUCUCUGGCUGGAAGCUGAACGUGAUGACAGCCUGGUCUAUGGUAGGGAAGCUGAAAAUGGAGAAGAGGCACUCCAGAGAAGACAGAAAUGUGGAACAAGAUGCUGGGGAAUGCAGUGCUGAAUCUGAGGAAUGGACGAGCUCAGAAAGUGAACCUGAGCAACCAUACUUGAGAAGCAGCUGUAGCAACACUCAGUGGAGAGAAAAGGAGGUUUCCACUAAACCACAUCGGCCACUCUGUCGGUCCCCUUGUUUGGAUCGCCCAAGUUUUUCACAGAGCAGUAUCACACAAGACGUGAAGCUAGACGAAUGCAAAACUAAUUUGGACAAGGAAUACCAAGCUAAAAUGGAUUUUGCUUUAAAGCUUGGGUACGCAGGAGAUCAGAUCCAGGCUGUACUGAAUAAAUUGGGAGCAGAUGCACUCAUCAAUGAUGUUCUGGCAGAGCUUGUGAGACUUGGCAACAAAAGUGAAUCAGAGGGACAAAGCAGUGCCAGCAGUACCACUAGUACUCUGGUGCCAAGAGGCCCUUGCCCAAAGGAAAUAGCAAGCCCUGAAUUGUCGCUUGAAGACGAAGUUGUUGAUAACAGUGAUAACUUAAGGCCAAUUGUCAUUGAUGGAAGCAACGUGGCUAUGAGCCAUGGGAAUAAAGAAGGAUUUUCCUGUCGGGGAAUUCAACUAGCUGUUGAUUGGUUCCUGGAAAAAGGACAUAAAGAUAUCACUGUGUUUGUACCUGCAUGGAGAAAAGAACAGUCUCGACCUGAUGCACCAAUUACAGAUCAAGAAAUCUUACGUAAAUUGGAGAAAGAAAAGAUUCUUGUUUUCACUCCAUCUCGAAGAGUUCAGGGAAGAAGAGUAGUUUGCUAUGAUGAUCGAUUCAUAGUAAAACUUGCUUUUGACUCAGAUGGCAUCAUUGUAUCAAACGACAACUAUCGGGAUCUUCAAAAUGAAAAACCAGAAUGGAAGAAGUUCAUAGAGGAGCGGCUGCUGAUGUAUUCUUUUGUGAAUGACAAAUUUAUGCCUCCUGAUGAUCCUUUAGGACGCCAUGGUCCAAGCCUUGAAAAUUUCUUAAGGAAAAGGCCAGUUAUUCCUGAACAUAAGAAACAACCGUGUCCUUAUGGUAAAAAGUGCACCUAUGGGCACAAAUGUAAAUAUUACCACCCAGAACGGGCAAACCAGCCUCAAAGGUCAGUAGCGGAUGAGCUUCGAAUAAGUGCCAAAUUAUCUGCUGUGAAAACUAUGAGUGAGGGAGCCUUGGCCAAAUGUGGCACAGGGCCAUCCAGCUCCAAAGGAGAAAUCAGUUCUGAAGUGAAACGCGUUGCCCCAAAACGUCAGUCAGAUCCAAGCAUUAGAGCAGUAGCUGUGGAGCCUGAGGAAAAGUUAUCAGUAGCCCGGAAGUCCGAGGCCAGCUCUGUCCCGUCUCUGGUUUCUGCAUUAAGUGUACCAACGCUCCCUCCACCAAAAAGCCAUGCAGCUGGUGCAUUAAAUACUCGUUCUGCAAGCAGUCCGGUGCCAGGUUCCUCACAGUUCAUGCAUCAGAAAUCCUCACUGGAACAUAUGUCCAGUGUGCAAUAUCCUCCUAUACUAGUCACCAAUAGCCAUGGCACCUCAGUUAGCUAUACCGACCAGUAUCCCAAAUAUGAAUCCUUGGGGGACCAUGGCUAUUAUUCCUUACUCAGUGAUUUCUCCAACUUGAGCAUAAGUAGUAUCCGUAACACAGAUUAUUAUGGGGCUGAUAUGGACCAGGGGAUGUAUUCUAGAAACUCAAGCCCCUGUCCUGACAGUUGCUUAAGCCAUACAAGUAAUGAUUCUUAUUCCUCUUACAAUGACUUGUAUCUGGGUGUAGCAGAUGCCAGUCCAGAAGACAAUGUGAAGAUGCACAGACUGCCAUCGCAAAAUCGUCUUCAGCCUUUUUCCCAUGGUUACCAUGAAGCCUUAAAUAGAGUUCAGAGUUACGGACCCGAAGAGCCUAAGCAAGCCCUUCGCAAACAGUCAGUUUCCCACUUAGGCCUACAUGCCCAGCAUCCAGUUGUUGGAGCACGGUCCAGUUGUCCAGGAGAAUACCCUGUGCCUCAAAAUGUUCAUCCGUCAACUGCACAACCAAGCCGUGCCUUGGUCAUGACAAGAAUGGACAGCAUUUCUGACUCACGGCUUUAUGAAAGUAACCCUACAAGGCAGAGAAGACCGCCUCUCUGCCGAGAGCAGCAUGCUAGUUGGGAUCCACUACCGUGUGCAUCAGACUCCUACACCUACCACUCGUAUCCACUGAGUAACAGCCUCAUGCAGCCAUGUUACGAGCCUGUAAUGGUGAGAAGCAUGCCUGAGAAGAUGGAGCAGCUCUGGAGGAAUCCCUGGAUUGGGAUAUGUGGUGAGCCACGGGAACCUCAUAUCAUCCCAGAACAUCAGUAUCAAACAUACAAGAACCUCUGCAAUAUUUUCCCUCCAAGCAUUGUCCUUUCUGUGAUGGAAAAGAAUCCCCACAUGACAGAUGCACAACAGCUGGCAGCUAUGAUUGUUGCCAAAUUAAGAACAGGGCGUUAAAGCAUUACAGCCUCUUUUGGAUAAAUGGAGCUAUAUAGUGUAUAGGACCUGGAGGAAAACUUAUGAUGAAGGAGGAAGGGGCCAAUCUAUUGUAAAUAUUUUCUACUAAGAUAGUAGAAAAUUCUGUACACAGUAGCAAUCAUAUAUAUAUAUAUAUGCGCUGAGGCACUAUAUAAGAGUUGAUUGUAUUGUAAAUUUUAAGAUUUUAAAUAUAGGGAUUUUUAAUAGUAUUUUAUAGGAAAUGCAUACCUUGCUGCAUGGAUAGCUCAUUAAGAACUACAAUAUGUCACGUUCAGUGUCUCAAAGCUGUUACUACAAAGUUAUUGUUAGCAAUUAUAUUGCAUGUAUUAGCGUACACUUCCAAUUUGCUUAUAAAUGCCUAAUCGGCCUUUAAAAGUAUGCUCUAUACACACGCAGGUGACUUUCAGGGUUUCAGCUUUGUCAUUUGACACUGCCUACUGGCAUAUUAAACACUGAAGGAUAAGUAAACUUGACAAAAAUUAAAAUACUCAGUUUGUAAAAGGAAGAACUGAUUUCAGCUUUUCAAUUUCAAUAUUUUUGUUGGUACUUAAAUUUCAGAACUGUUCCCCAAGAGUUUGAGUAUCUAUUACGUUGUCCAAUACACUGGCUCAAUCCAACAGAAGCCAAAUACUUUUAUUAAAUUAGGACCAAAACACUAAGGAGUGUGAAGGCGUGAGCGCCGUUCAAUAAACUAGAAGAAGUUUAACCGUAGCUUCUCUCUUCAGAAUUGCCUCUCAGCUGGGCAGUGAACAGCUGCUGGCCCAGAUGACUAGACAAGCUGCAAGUAAAUUGUCAGUUUUAUGUAAACUGGAUUACUCGAUCUGAAGCAGCACAAGCUGGAUGUUAACAUGGCAGUUCAUCAGCAAGUAACUACAGCCCUUCCUCUGGGGGCGAGGAUGGUGUUGGUGUGAGCCUAACGCGCAGGAUGGCUGCACAAGAUCAAGUCGAGGAGGGAGUGGAGGGGAAAGGCUGCUUCUUGAACAGAGAUGCUACGGUUUGGGUUUGUGGCAAAGCUGGCCCGGUUUUUGCUCUUCAGAUCCACGCAAAGGUGUGCAUUUGCCUCAUGAAGGCUUUUAGAGUUCCUGUUUCAACAGGUGAGAUAAUUUUGUGUGGCAUUGUUUGCGCAACUGAUACCUUGCUCAGGGUGGGAACUUUGUAGCUAAAUGUCUCCGAAAGAGGCGUUUAUUGUUUUUUAAGCUGCACUGACUGGACGCCCUUUUUUGAAUCCACUGUAUAUUGCAACAUUCCGAACCAUUACUAACUCGAUAAGUCUCGAGCUAGGACUUGUUGACUUCUACUGUAGUUUUUUUCAUGAAAGUUGAGAAGGCCUGGUUUAUGGCCUUUUGUUUCUUCAUGAGAAGGUGUGACACUGCCUAAAUGUUUCUUACUGUGAAACACACGGAACGUGAGGCUGCAGUCAGGGUUGUUUCUGGUGUUUUGAUAAUGGCUUGCAUGCUGCUUUCUAGUUAUCUGUUUGUCUGAGGAACAAAGUUAUAUAAUUUCCUCCACUUGUGUUACUGUAAUGGUUGGUUUGAUUCAGAAUAUCUUGUGGGCUCUUUAUCAUGUACAAAAUACGGUCCUGUCACAUAAAAAAAAAAAAACCAAACCAAACCAACAACAAACCACAAUUACAGGUGCAACUACAGUUAAUUUACUGAUAUUUGAUAGUUAUAUCAUUUCAGACAGGAUAAACAUUCUUGUGUAGGAUAGGUAACACAGAUAAUGACCAUGUCAUUAUGCAUUUAAAAUUAAUGAACUUGAAGAUGAUUCUGUAUUUACUUGGUGUUUAAAAAUAACAAGUUUUAAUUAGCUGGCUAUCACCUCUGUUAAUGGGGGGGGAAAAAGAUCUUCAGCCAUUUUGUAAUAGUUAGGGAAAAUAGAUUUAACUCUUGACCAGUUUUCAAAAACAUUUCUUACUAACCAGCAUUUUAUAUUUUUAAUUUGCAAUUAAUUCUUAUUCUCUUCUCUUGCAUGGAAUAAGCAGCUGAGAGCAAUGCCUCAAAUAACCAGAAAUGACCUUUUGUUUGUUGAUACAAAUUGUAUCUCUUUUUCUUGAUUGUAUAAAAACUGUGUAUAAAAAAAAAAAAAAAUCUCUAGAUUAACUUCAGUAUUACAUUUUCACCACAAUGUUUGUGACACCAUGUGUCACAGGGAAGUAGCCCAUGAAUAAUUAUGGAUCUUUUUUAUUUAAAAUGGGCACUCGUAGUUUAUAGACAAACAAGGACAACUUUUCAAAACCAGUUUAUUAUGUGCACAGAUACUGUGUGUACACCUCAAAGCAUCACAUGGUUAUCUUCAGUCUAUUUAUGAAGCAGAUACAUUCUUGCACUAAACUUUAUGUAAAAGUGUUGCUGUUAACUCAUCUGCAUGUGUUUAAAAUGUAACAAUAUAAUAGCUAUAGACCCUGCUUUAUUCUUAAUGGAUUAAUUUAUAAAUUAUUUAGGUAUAAAAUGAAGUUUAUUGUACACUCAUGUUUUCCAUCUUGCAUGGAAUUAAAUAUUUGUAUGUAGAAAAAUGUCUGUUCCCUUUUUCUCCAAUUAUAAAGAUAAGCUAUUUUAAGAGAGGCUUAGUAGGUGUUUUUGAUGUUUUCUAACAUGGAAAACUGAGCAGAAAUUUCUGUAUGAAGUGUUGGGUGGUUUAUGGAGAUAACUCAUUUUUGUAGGAUUUGUCUAGUCAUUUUAAUUUUCACUAACUUUUGUCUUACUGAUAGAACACUUCCUUUUUAAGCAACGGGAAUGCUGCGCCCAUGCAAACCCGGCAUACUAUUUCCCUAAGGCACUUUGAAGGCAAAUUGUCCUUUUUUUAAGAAGCUAUUAGCAUCUAUCAUGCACAGAGUUACAGAACAGGCAGUGUAGCCUUGUGGAAAUAAUUUGCAAAUUUUGUGCUUGUUUAGUCCUCAUUAGAGGUAAUAGAACUUUUGUAUGUGAUGUAGUCUUUCCUAAUCAACUACUUUAAGUGAUAAUUCACUCAUCCACAUCUGUUCUCAGAUAUGUUUUACAAGCCAAUUCAAAACACUGACAUGUUCAUCUUCAGCGCAUAAGCUUAUAUUUCUUCUUACAUGGAAGAGUCAAUCUUAUGAACACCUGAUCAUAACUGUCUAUACUGUAAAUAUAAGACUUUGUAUAAAUGCUCUUUUUGAGAGCAUGGUAUUUAAAUGUUUUUAAAACUGUAAGAGAACAGUUCUAGAAACUAUAUUUUAAUAAAAUCCAUGAAAUUACAAUUCUAGAAGAGAAAAAAAGUGGGCAGGUUAAAUCCUGGCCCCCUGCAAUCAGCAGGAGUUAAGCAGUAGACGUUAGUGCUUUACUGGGGCCAGAGCAUUCUCUGGGAGUUCCAAUUUAAUGAUCUUUCAUCUUUAGCUAUAUUGCUUUCACAUAACUUGUCACUUAAAAGUAUAUAACAAAUUCAUGAAUCAAAAAAUCAAAUGUUUUAUGGGAUGUCAGUCUAAGUUAUUUAAUGUUUUUUGUAAGAAUUACAUGUUAGUAAGAUAUUAAAUUGUACAUAUAGAUGAUUUCACUAUUGUUAGUCCUGUUGUUGUACUGAGCUGCAGUCGGUGGCUUUAUUCAUUUGUAGAAUUAAACAUUACUGUUUAAUUGUUGUAAACUUUUAUAAAUCUCUUUGGGUUUUUUUGGUUGACCCAAAUAUAAUGUAAGUCUUAAUGACAAAAUGAGUGAAAAUGGAUGUUAAACCAGUAUGUGGUAUUCGUAAAUCUCUGUAGUAAUAAGCGUGCACUGCUCUAGCUGCUGCUGCAUGUAAUUCAUUCACUAGCAUGAGUCUGUUUAGCUUUUGUAAAAAUGCUUUAACUGUAAACUUAAAAUAGAAGGUGUGGGUGUGGUUGCUUAGAACAAGCAGAAGGAUCCUCAUUAAAAAAACCCAAACAAAACAAAACCAUCUAUGUAGGUGAGUUCCCCCCUACAUACUUUUAAUGCCAGUUUGCCUCAAAUUGUGGAUUUUGGCAUUUUUCAACUCAGAAUGUGCAAAGAAAUUGUCCAGAUAAUUCAGUUAAAAAACACUUGGCGACAGUAUGUAUACCAAACCACAAACAGGAACAUUUCAAGGAAUGCAUUUUGACUACCGCAGUUUUUAAAACUCCAUGCUAAAGAGAAGGAAAUGCAUAAUUUCUGUGAGACUUUGCUCCACAGACUUGAAAUAUCAAUUUGACUUGCCUGAAGCAUUAGCACUGCAGGGCUCAGAUCGCUGGAUCUGUCACUGUUAUUUCUGUGGCGAGUCCUCAGCUUUAGUACUCGUACACGCCCAGGGCCUGUCUGUGUGACACAGCCCUCACUAACUCUAUUGCAACCUUUAAACUGGAAAAAUACAAGUGCACCAUCACUUCAGUUAUUCUCAUGCCAGUGGUGGGUUAGCUUUCGGAGAGCCAUUAUACAAUAGCUAUGAUUUUGGUCUGUGGUAUUUGAAGUUUGUAAAUGUAUUAAAAGAAUGGAGAGAAGAAUCUAAAAGAAAUAUAGGCUACUACAUACCUGUUCCCCCCCACACUCUAUGUAAAAGGUUUGCACAAUUAUUUAAUAACAUGAAACAUGUUCUACUUUAUAUAUAUAAAAAAAUUUGCUUAUUUAAUAAAACUGAGAGCCAUUGGAUUAUUUGUUUCUAGCUUUUUAUUUUGUAACUCUUUAGGCAAGAGCCCCCAAAAGAUGUUUUGUCCAAAACAACUUGUAGUCUGUCCAAAUUAUUUCUCAGUAGUUUUAGCUGAUUUACUGAAAAAUACCCAGAUUUUGAAAUCAUACAUAAUUUUCCAUCUGUGCUUAAAUCUGUGAAGGAACAGGAAAAAGUUUUACUUUUCUUUAACAAGCAGAUGAAGAAGUCCUGCUGUCUUGUCAUAACAACACCCUCUGUCAAGCUCUGUGUUACACAGAUUUUCUUUUGCUAUUUAAACACUCAUUUCCCUUACUAGGGGGGAGGCGAUAGUGUCAUUUAUUACCACUGCUUUAAACUGUUGGGGGUGGGGUGGG